UUGGUCAGGCGCUGGGCACGGGUGAGGAAGGCGGACGCUACUGCGCCAGGCACUCGCAGUCCGAGCGUCAGAUGUUGUCCUCCUGUGUGGCAGCGUUCGCGUGAUCGCUGCGUCUAGUCAUCCACACCUGGAUAUACCCACACCUGGAUGACUAGGUGUCAUCCAGGUGUGUUAGAACGCACAGGAUGGACACACAAAAUCCAUUAAUAAAAGUACAAACAAAUGGUGACAAUGUGGAUAUUAGCUAUAAGUGAGAACACGGAAAAUGAGAAACAUAAAAACUUGUAGUUUAAAUUUUUUUGAAGGUAUAACAUCAAAUAAUGACAAAACGGAUCCCAAAUAUCUAAUCCACAAAGGGAAGCAGGAGUGUGCUGGAGGAGCUGGAGAUGCGCUCUGGUAAUAGCAGAUCUCACAUCAAGCUGUACACUCGGUGUCCUUCUUACAGUCAUGUAUUCCCCAUCAGCUGUUGGUAUGUCUCUGGAGGCUGUUCCUCCCUCGGCCUCUCCCGUCUUUCGAGAUGGAAAGUUUUUAUUUCAGUGCAAUACUGAGGAAGCUCCGGACUUCAGUCCCGUGAAAGACAUCAAAAGUUUCAGGGAGGUUUUCAGGCCACAGAGAAGCACGUCAUCUCCCAGGGGGAAGUAUCUCAGGAGCGCUACACACCUUGACGAACACAAACACUCCCUGAAGGCUGUGUCGAGGUUCAUGAUGCGCAAGAACCAGACGUGGCUGAGUCUGGAGGAUCUGACACUCGGAGAACACAAAAACAUGUCUUCAAGUACCGUGUUUGGUGCUGCCCCUUCAGGCGGCGGCCCCAUUCCCUUAGGUCUGCCCAGGGCUUCAGGUGUUCUCAAGUGCCCAUGGUCCGGGACAAUACCCGAUAAUGUAUCGGCUACAAUCACCCGGGGCUGCUCACUGGAGGCUCUAGACAAUCUGUCCAAAAUGGCCGGUACCCAAUCCGCAGUGUCGGAAUCGUUGGAGAACUUAUCCGCGGCACCAAUUACCGUUGAAGGCGGGAACAGCUGGUCUUCACUGUCACAGUCAAACUCGACGUCAUCAGAAACUUUAACACCAUCCCUGGAUACAACUUUAAGUCCAGGAGCGUCGAUAGAGAUGCUAACUUCUCCCUUAACAUCAAGUUCUUCAGAUCUACACUCUGUCAGUUCCUCACCGUCGUUCACAAUGUGUCGAGGGGACUCUGUCGAUGGACUUUUCAUCCCUUCGCCUCAAAAUUCUUUUCCUCCUUCGGAGCCUUUGGAAAUCCUCUCCUCACCCGCCAUUUCACAGCAGAGUCCUUUCCGCCGUCAGCUGUUCACCUCAUUAAUAACACGGCAGUCUGCUUUGGUAGCACGAAUCAGUCAACAGUCUUGCCAGCUCUUGAAGACCGUGAGGGCCGUGACAUCCAUGGACUUUUCAGACCCAGAGGCUGAGUUUCAAGCUUCCUCUUCCCCAGUUCAUGGCAGUAGAGAAUCGAUUCCUCGAGGGCACGUCAGCCAAGCCUCAUCCCUAUGCUCCGGAACGAGUGAGGAGACCUCUGGAGACUUUCCUGAACUCUUUGAGAGACAGAAUGAGCGAGUAAUGUCCGUGUGUGACUCUGGACUUGGGUGGGACACGGAUGACGAGCUGAUAUCGUUGUCCAGAGGUUCCUCCUUCGCCGAGGACAUCGACGACAUCGCAGAGGAGGACUUAGUGUUAUGCGGGAAUCGAGUGAGCCAGAUGACCAAGACUUACAAUGAUAUCGACGCCGUGACCAGACUUCUUCAGGAGAAAGAGAAAGAUCUUGAACUUGCUGCAAAAAUUGGACAACAACUUUUAGAACGCAACAAAACCUUAGAUGAACGCAAUGCCAUACUUGAUGCAGAGCUGUCCCAUGCUAGCGACAAAAUUACUCAACUUAAGCAUGAUCUGCAGAUGAAAACAGACCUGCUGCAGAUUUACACCAAUGAUGUGGACGACACAAGCAGCUGUGAUACUACUCCAACAGGGCUGCGUUUGAUCAAUGUUGACAUCCUACAACACAGAGUGAGAAACUUAGAAGAUGAAAACAGAAGCCUACGUCAGGAGGCCUCCCAACUGGCCAAUGACACCAUCGAGUGUGAGGAUAAAGAGAAAGAGCUGGUCUCGGAUGUCAUCAAACAAAUUAGUGAUGCAAAUAUUCAAGUCGGCCAACUUAGUGAAGAACUUGCAAAGAAAGUGGAGGACUCCUUGCGGCAGCAGGAGGAGAUUACACAGCUCCUUGCCCAAGUGGUGGACCUCCAAGCUCGUAACAAACGACUGGUUGUGGAGAAUGAUGAAUUGGCCAACAUGGUGGGGGUGGCACGAGAUUGCCAACAAGAGCUUACCAUGGAACUGGCUGAACUAAAAGAAAAGUAUGCAGAGGUACUCGAUCUACUACAUGAUACACAAGAUCAACUCAGAAGGGUACAAAAGAAGAACCUGCCAGGAAGCCGUGGUCACCACUUCAGCAGCAGUCUUUUUAGUUCUCCAUUUAACUCCGGAAAUGAUUCCAUCGCCAGUGAACUUCACUCCCUUAACUCUGUGUGUGAAGAAGUGGGAAAAGGCAGCAGCAGCAACAUGCGCCGCACAUUUGAUACUGUGCGCAUGACAGGCAAAUACAUCGGCUCAGGAUCACAGGGUUCUCUCAGCUCCUUGGGAUAUGGAGGAUCGGUGCACUCCACGCCCACCCGCCAUCCUCACACCCCAUCACAUAUGGCAACUCCUACACACAUGGUAUCCAGUGGGGGCACCUAUGCUAUGUCUUAUAUGGGUUCCCAAGGCUCGUCUGUCUAUUCUGGGGGAUCAGGACAUCCAUCUUUGGAUUCGGGUGCAGAUUCUGAUGCUUCUUUGCACACAGAUUCAGAGGAUAAUUACCCAGCGAGCCACUUGGGUGUACCAGGCUGGCCAGGAACACCUGACCUAGACUCGUGCUUGCGUCGGCUUGGCCCUGCAAAUCGUUCAGGAACACCAUCGCAGUUCUUGCCUUACGGAUGCCGCACUCCAGAUUCCAUUAUGUCUACUGGAAGUGGAAAGUCUGGCUUGAGCGCUUAUGGAGGCAUCAAUGCUAGUGAUUGGAAGCUGCCUCAGAAGCUCCAAAUAGUAAAGCCGAUUGAGGGAUCAUUGACUCUUCAUCAGUGGUCUCGAUUGGCAACACCACAUUUUGGAGGCCUGCUCGAGGAGAGAGACGGUGUUGCUAUCAAGGGUGGUGCUGGUGCUGAGCAAUUGAAUCUAGAUGUUUACUCAAUGUCUGACUUGGAGGAGGACGAAGUUGAAGAGGAGAACCCAGGCAAGAGGUUCAUGUCUACCUCAAGUGUGUUCACAUAUACUAACUCAACCAUACUGCAUCCAGAUGAUCAGACGAAUCUCACUCCAAGUCUUCGUCAAACUCAAGUCAGUGUUCUUGCAACUUCAUCAUCCAAUGUUGCCCCAACGCCCAGUACCCCUAUACGGGCCCCUUCAUGUCCUCCAUCACGACGCGGUUCGACUGCCACCUUUUCCACAAAUACCGGGUUAGCAAAGGUACUAAAUGAGCGAGGAAUGAACUUGACAAGUGGAUUUUCACCAACUGCUACACCAGCCAAUAGUCCAACAAAUUCCAGACCAGGAUCACCAGAACCAGAGGGUUACAAAUUACCAGGUCUGGAGGAUCUUACUAAAACCUUCCACUAUGGAGCUAGUCUCCUCCGUCGCACUUUCUACAAAGAUGAUCCAUCAGCCCCUCAGUCACCAGCAGGCCCACGUGUAAAUUUAGUUGAGCAAGUUCAGGCCAUUGGUGUAAAUCGUUUUGUUGGGCCAUCUGACCGAGCACUAACUGUUGGUGGAAUUGUGAUGUCGCGUCCAGCAACUUCACCACUCUUACACCUCUCCAAUCUCAUUAUGAGUAAUGCAAAGAACUCUAAUACUAAUAGCACAAUAUCCACCACUACAACCACUUCUACAUAUUCUUCUUCAGAUAAUGGUGCAAUCAUGUCAGCACCUAAGAUUCUCUCUCCAGGUGAGAGACGCCCUACCCUUCCCUCUGGUGCCCCUCUGGGUAUUCCAGGACAUCCAGGAUCAGGUCACUUAAAUAAUCGUCUUAGUCAGCUCAAACCUGGUCAACGUGCAGACUUGGGAACUGUUGGGGGACGUUUAAGACCUAGUUCUUUAGGUAGUGUACCUCCACGUGGUAAUGGAGGAGAACAAAAUGUUGGCACUGUGGGGUGGACAUCAUUUGGUCGCAAAGGGGGGCUUCUGUAGGUCCUAAUUCAUUUUUACUUUCCCUAAUGGGUUAUGAUCUGUGUAAGUUCUGCCCCUUUCAGUACAUACUUGCAAUAACAUUCUAGAAUUUGUGUUGGUCUUUUCCUGUUUGGUGGUAAAUAUCUAGCACCUGAAGGAAAUGCAUUAAAUUGAGAAGCAGUAUUAUCUGGCAUAUAUAUUGCUAACAGGGCCAGCACUUUUUUCAAGUGUUACUAUACUUAUUAUAUAAUAAUGUGAGUAGAGGAUUUGAAUGGAUGAAUGGAUUUUGGGGUGUUAUAUGGAGAUGUGUCUGUUUUAACAAACAUACUGUAUUUUCUGUUUUUUUUAGUUACUAUGUAACUAGUCAUCUUGGGAUUAGGGAUCAAAGAACACUUAAUAUUUAUUUAGUUAUAUUUUAGUGAUAUUGUCGUGAGUGUAAGACCAAGGUUUAUACCAACUUCCUUUUGAUGCACUUUGUGUUAGGGGUUUAUACAUGUGUUGAUAUUUUCACAACUUGAACAAAAUCUGUAAAUUUUGUGAUUGGGUUUUUCUAAAGCUUUUUAAGCAAAUGCUUGGUCUACCAGUCAAACCCGUGCCAAAUAAUUUAUAAAUGUUUGUUGUUACUUGGACACCUUCUGCAGCUAUUCAAGUUACUUUUAAUAUGUUUAAAAUAUAUUUUCCAAACAAAAAUUGCACAUCUUCUAGUUAGUCAAUUUUAUUCAAUGAUUCUGACUGAGCAAGGAGUACAUUUCCAGUGACAUUUUUAGCUUUGACAUUGCCUUCCAAAUGAUUACUGAAGACAGUAAUUUGAGAGCAUAGGUUUGUCAUUUUGAACUUGAAUGUCAGUCAUAAUCAUUGAUACAUUUUUUGAGACAAACAGGAAUGUUAUAAAUGUAAGGUAGGAACGAUGUCACAGCACAUGUUGACUUUGGUUGUACAAGCGGCAGAAGGGGUCUCGUGAGGGAGAUCCAAGCCUUCUAGUCACAAAUGUACUGUCAGAACUUUAUACUUGAUUCCUUAGCAUAUACAAUAUUUGCAUGUUCCUCUUUUUUAAACAAGUAAAAAAGUUUCUGA